CGGGGAGGCGGGGUCCUUUUCUGGAGCGGUCGCGCAGGUAGUGGAUGUGGGGAGCUGGGCUCCGGGAGACAUGUAUUACAAGUUUAGUGGCUUCACGCAGAAGUUGAUGGGAGCAUGGGCUUCGGACGCCUAUAGUCCGCAGGGAUUAAAGCCUGUGGUUUCCACAGAGGCACCACCUAUCAUAUUUGCCACACCUACUAAACUGACCUCCGAUUCCACUGCAUAUGAUUAUGCUGGGAAAAACAAGGUUCCAGAGCUGCAGAAAUUUUUCCAGAAAUCCGACGGUGUGCCUGUCCACCUGAAACGAGGCCUGCCUGACCAAAUGCUUUACAGGACCACCAUGGCGCUGACCGUGGGAGGGACCAUCUACUGCCUGAUCGCCCUCUACAUGGCUUCACAACCCAAAAACAAAUGAGUUAGGCUGCAGAGGACUGGUUUGCUUUUUGGCAUAAACCCUUUGAAUUUUCAUUAUUUCUGUUAAAAUUAUUUUUUUUACUUGGAUGACCUAUUUGUUUUGCAAGAAAAACAAAGAUAUGAAGACAAUAUUUUGGUUUAUGAAAUGCUCAUUUGACAGUUAAAACUAUUGUUUAAAGAAAUGACACUAUGCUCUUGUGCUUGUGCUCCUGAUUUCCCUGGAGGUUCUGGAUGAAGGUUGCACAUGGGGUCAUUAACAUCAGUCUGUGUUGAGAACCUCAGGGACUUAGGAUUGCACUUUUGAGCAUGGAGUGCAGAAGGCUUUCUGGAUUUGGAUGUGACCAGGGAAGGGAGACAGAUGCCAAGGUCAGGUGCAUGAAAUGAGGGUUCGAGUUAGUGGUCACUUAGGGGAUUUUUCCAUCUUGCAGUAAAAUGUUAAUAGCAAUUAUUUGUUGGGCAGUUCAAUUUAAAGGGUUUUUUGCCUCAUCUCAGAUCUUUCGUGAAAUUGUAUGUGUAGUUGUGUAUUUAUUCCACCGUGGGAACAGAGACCACCUGUUUAGUGUUGUACUUUAGACUGUUGUCUGUUAAUGUGGCUGUGCCACAAAUUCUCCUUUAUCUUUUAAAAUGUUAUGGCUUUAAAUUAUAAUUACUUUGAUAGUGGAAUAAAUGCAUGAAGGAAAAAUUUAAAGUUUGAAGUUCUUUUAAAUUAAAUGACCUUUCAGGCUCGGCACCUGUGGCUCAAGCGGCUAAGGCACCAGCCACAUAUACCUGAGCUGGCGGGUUCAAAUCCAGUUGGACUGCCAAACAACAAUGAUGUCUGCAACAAAAAAUAGCUGGGUGUUGUGAUGGGCACCUUAGUCCCAUCUACUUGGGAGGCAAAGGCAGGAGAAUUGCUUGAGCCCCGGAGUUGGAGGUUGCUGUGAGCUGUGAAGCCAUGGCACUCUAUCCAGGGUGACAGCUUGAGGCUCUGUCUCAAAAAAAAAAAAAAAAAAAGACCUUUCAGAAUAAUUUUGGAACCUUUCAGGCAUCUUAUACCCUGGUUUAAUUUCUUUCUUUUUAAUUAGACUCCAGAUAAUCUUUACAAAAUGGUUCCUCACAGUCAAGUAGUAGGAGCCUAAUAGCAUGUUGAUGAUUACUAUAUAUGUAUAUAUAUGUUUUUUUAUUCCUUGAGAUAGUCUUCUAUUGCCCAGACUGGAGUGCAGUGGAACAAUCUUAGCUCACUACAGCCCUGAAUUCCUGAACUCAAGCGAUCCUUCUGCCUCAGCCUCCUGAGUACCCGAGACUAUAGGCACAUGCCAUCACACCUGGCUAAAGAUUUUUCUGUAGAGCUAGGCAGGGUCUCACUGUGUUGGCUAUUCUCAAAUUUCUGGCCUCAAGCAGUCUUCCCUCCUCAGUCUCCUAAAGUGCUGGGGUCACAGGUGUGAGCCAUUGUGCCCUGCCUGUAUGGUUCUUUAAUAAAAAAAUCUGUUUGCCCCUUAGUGAAUUGUGCCUGUAAUGCACAAUUUAUUUAGACACUAAUUUCCAAUGCUGUCAUGAUUGGUAGGCUUCACUUAACCUUACACCAAUGCUGAAAAAAGGUAGAAUUUUAUUAUAUAUAAAGUGAUGGUCUGAAUCUUGACAUAGCAAAAAACAGUGGUGAGGAUACUAUAUGGUGAUUAAAGAUGGCAUUCUCACAGCUAGGAAACCCUUAUUCAUAUAUCUGUACAAAUUUAAAUUUUACUCUUUUUUUUUUAAAGAGACAGUCUCACUUUGUCACCCUUGAUAGAGUGCUGUGGCAUCACAGCUCGCAGCAACCUCCAACUCCUGGGCUUAGGCGAUUCUCUUUCCUUAGCUUCCCGAGUAGCUGGGACUACAGGCACCCUCCACAAUGCCCAGCUAUUUUUUUGUUGCAGUUUGGCUGGGGCUGGGUUUGAACCUGCCACCCUUGGUAUAUGGGGCUGGCGCCCUACUCAGUGAGCCACAGGUGCCACCCUAAAUUUUAUUCUUCUUUUGUUUUCCUCAAGUUUGGAAAAUCUCAAACUAUAGAAAAACUGUAAGAAUAGUAGAAUAUGCACCUGUGUAUCCUUUGCUUAGGUCACCAGUUAUCACUAUAUUUCCACCUUUGAUGUUUUGGGGCAACCACAAUGCAUACAUGCAGUUUUAGCUGAAUCUUCUUUUAAGUUUAAGUUAUGGAAUUAUGAUAAAUCAGCUAUAACUUUUUUAGCAGGUAUUUCCUAAAUGUCAGGACAUGUUCCUUCAUAAUCAUAAUACAGUUGUCAAACUCAAUAAAGUUAACAUUGAUAAUAGAA